UCCAUCGAUCACUCGUGUGCAUGCUCGUUGGUCACGUUAAUUUCAUCUUUCCAGAUAAAGAUCGAGUUUGUUGCUAGGUGGAUAUGGGCUCUCUCAUGGCUGGCUGGAGCUCCCAUGCGCUCGACGACGACCUCAAAGUUCGUUUUAUGAGGAACCGGUCGCUGACCAAGGAGGAUGUGGAGGCCUUCUGGAGGCAGCACAAGAAGCCGGCGCCGGAGGACAACGUUGACGGCGGCGAGACCGUCGUCGCCUCCUCUCCCCGCAAGGGGAGCCCGAAGUCGACCCCGCGUCCGUCGACUCUGUCUCAUGUCCGUUCGUCGCCGCCGGUGAUGACGAGUAGCGUGGACGGCGACGGCGACGGCGAGGCUGCCGCUAGCCCCAGCGCGAGCCGCGACUGGUGGACGAGGAGCAGCUGGGCGUUCCUCAACGAGCCGCCGCCGCCGCCGCAGCGCGAGGGAGGAGGCGUUGGGCAAGGCGCCGCAGCCGCCGUCUGAUCAUCAUCUCUUUAAUUACUUUGCUAAGUUAGCUUUGUACUAUCCCUGUAAAUACGUACAGUACUACGUACCAGCCGUGUACUUGGAGUGGUGGCUUUGCUAAUGUUUGAUCUCUGUAGCAUGUGGCAUGUCACUUUCUGUAUUGGCGCUCAUGUAACCUUGGAGAUAUACUAUGUGUACACGUCACUUUCUGUA